ACUUCAAUUACUUGUACGCAUGUGUGUACAGCUACGUGCUUACGUUGCAAUUUGCUUGUGUAGGGGUGAAUAAGGCUGUGUACACAACAGGUGAGCGAAUCCCCUCCGAGACCAUAUCGCGGCAGACGCCGUGGAUGCCGCACGUAAGUUCCCGGGCGGACCCGAAUUCGAAAUUCGAAAGUUAAAAAGGAUUCGCUGAGCGAGUGUUUAAUUUUUUUUUUUUUGUAAGUGGCCAGUGUUGUUGAUUUUAUUUGAAAGUUUGACUUUUUGUGUUUUGCCCUGUGUAGUUUAUUUUUAAAAUGGACAGAUUAUUAAGAUUACUAUAACAGAAGCAGUCAUGGACCUCCCACGAACAGUAUACCACAUAUACGAGAUAAGAUGAAACGCCCAAAACAUGUUGAAAAAGAAAACACCCAACAAUGUAUGAAUUAGGGUUCUUCCAUUCAAAUGAUAAUGACUGGAGCUUCAACUACUCAUUGGAGUAUAAUAUAGUCGAGAGAAAUGGCAGCGGGAAUGUGACAGAGAGGGAAGAUCCCGUGGUAAACAAUUGGUGGGCCUUGAUAGCUUUGGUAUUGGUUGUGUGUACAGCCGCUGGAAAUGUACUGGUCUGUCUUGCUAUAUACUUGGAGAGGCGGCUGCAGAAUGUCACAAAUUAUUUCUUGAUGUCUUUGGCGAUAACGGAUCUGUUGGUCGCCAUUUUGGUAAUGCCUUUGGGGAUACUGACACUAGUCAAAGGCUUUUUCCCGCUACCGGCAGUAUACUGCCUCACCUGGAUCUGCCUGGACGUGCUACUGUGUACUGCAUCGAUCAUGCACUUGUGCACUAUUAGUGUUGAUAGAUAUCUUUCGUUACGCUACCCAAUGCGUUUCGGCAGAAAUAAGACGAGGAAGAGGGUCACAGUGAAGAUAGCUUUCGUCUGGAUAUUGUCCACCGCCAUGAGUCUUCCAUUGAGUCUUAUGUAUUCCAAGAAUGCAGAAUCAGUCCUGAUCGAGGGUUCGUGUCAAAUCCCAGACCCACUGUACAAGGCGAUUGGAUCCAUAAUCUGCUUCUACAUACCGCUAGUGGUGAUGCUGCUAACGUACGCAUUGACGGUACAACUCCUGGCGAGGCAGAGGAAGGGGCUUGGAGCUGGCUGGGCUGCUGGAUGGCUGGGUGCGCCUCCAAUCGAACGAAGAUGUACUUGGCGAAGGUUCCUGGGCCCGAGGAGUGGAACUCCUCAGCAUUCGGCAGCGUCAACGGAGACCGAGCUACCGCCUAUUGACACCAGAGAUCUCUGGCUGCAAGACUCCAGCGAGCCUGCCCCGUCAGCCAUGACUGCACUGCAUCAAUUUGGUGCCGAGAUGUUACGCCUCUCGCGCGGCUUGGAAGCUUCUGCUGCCACCAAACCACAGUACCGAGGGACAAACAUCUCUGAGCGCGGGGGCAUGUUGACACCAGGGUCACUCAGUGUCUCUUCCUCGUCACCAUCAUCAAUGCUCCAAGAUCGUCGACGACCUUCAUCUACUGGUGAUCCAAACAUACCCAUACAUAGACCAAGAAGUGCAUCAGACGAUGAAUGUAACGAAGGUUUGUUAGCUCCUACAACAUUAACAGCUAAGUCCAGGAGCUCAGAAGAUGGAUUACUGUUACCACCACCAUGUACUUGUCCAUACUUUGGUACAGAAUCCACUCCACCGAGAAGAACAACUGAAGUUAUAAUAGUUUCUGGUGGUGAUAUAAAUGGAUGUAAUGGUUAUCCUCGCAAUGGAAAUCUAAAAGCAGAAGAACCGACUCAGUAUUUUAGAAGGUCUAGUAGAGGUACAGCGUCGAUGGUGACAUGGGAUGAAGCCAGGCGUUUUAGAAGAGGUUCUAGCUUUGGCGGUGCUCGAACAACUUUAUCGACUCCUGUAAGAAACAUAAGACCUCAAAGGUCAAUAAAUGCUAGACCUCAACAACAAGUCACUUCUAGUCCACAACGCCAAACACCAAGAACUCAUCAUUCUAGAAAUUCAAGCGUCAUCUCUAGGAAUUCAUCAAGACACGGUAGAAUACUAAGGUUGGAGCAAAAAGCCACUAAAGUUCUUGGCGUGGUGUUUUUCACUUUUGUUGUUCUUUGGGCUCCAUUCUUCAUCCUCAACAUGGUACCAGCGGUAUGUCCAGAGUGUGAAAGGAGAAUAUAUCCUUGGGUAUUCGACUUUGUGUUAUGGUUAGGGUACGCUAGUUCAAUGGUGAAUCCAAUUUUCUACACUAUAUUCAAUAAGGUGUUUAGGCAGGCCUUUAAAAAGGUUUUGAUGUGUCAGUAUUGUAGAGCUAGGAGAUAGCCGGCACCCUGGGAGCGCGUCCGUCCCUCUUCAGACCCUGGUCUAGGAGCGCUCUCAGUCAAUAGAAACGUAAGAUCUCAAUUCGUGUAACGAGCUUUAAAUCACGCUUUUUGUUCAGCUUAAAUUGGAGUACCUUAAGAACUCCGUACAGUGUCAUUUUAUAAACCAGAUCUGUAAAUUUUAAUCGCAGCGCGCAAAAUAGUUAGCCUUCAUUCUGACCUCAUGACCACCAACUCUCAGCUCUUAGGAUACAAACGACUUGUUUUUAAAGACUGAAGAUUUAGUUAAUUACAAUUAGAUUGUCACUUUGUCGGCUUCAUUGUAAAACGUUGACAAAUGCCACCACGACGUUAUAAAGACUCGAGUCUUUAAAUCACAUAUUUAUAAUAUACUUACUAUAAUACUCUUUUACACUAUUGGCUUCUAAAAUUGUUUGCAUUCACAGCGCUAACGGGUAUUUUACUCCAUGUUUUACGUAACAGUCGUCGACAUAAAAUGUGCUGAAAAAGUGCGAUAUUGCGCGUGUAUUCAUCAGUCAUUACAUACUCAGCCUUAUUACAACGCUCAGCUUUGGCUCGUCGAAAAAGCCGGCUCGUAUCUUUUAUUGAUGAUAUAAGCGCGCUUGUAUCGUAAUGAUAGUAUAAAGAGUUUUUCACAUGCUUGUUCUUUAAACAUGACUUUAUUGUCUUUCCAAACAACUAACUGUAAUUAACGCGAUUCCCUUAAAAUUUACUUACUAAUUAGUUCUUAUUUAAGUUAUUUUGAUGAACUUUGUUAAUUGUCAUGAUCAAAGUACAAUUUUGAAAGCAACAUGAACGAUUUUAAUUAACUCGAAUGACAAUUGAAGUGUAGCAAACCAAUUUAUUUUUGAUAUUCCAAAUAUCUGGUAAGUCACAUUUUAAUUAAAUUCAUUCUAUGUAAUUUCAUUGAGUGGUGGCAUUUGUGUUUGGCUUAUUGUUCUUAAGUAAAUGUUAACUAAACAGAUAUUGUUAGAAACAGAUGACGCAAGUAAUUAGCGAAAUUAUAAUUAUGAAUGAAUGAAGACACUGAAGAAAAUUUCUCUCUCAUCUGAGUGUUUUCCCGGAGCUUAGGUUUCGCUAUCCCACUGAAUUUUAUUUACCAAAUUAUAUCAAAAUUAGUUUAUCGAAUAACUGUGGCUACGUACUGGUAUUAAUAUAAUUUAUGUGCUAUUUCGAGUCGAAAACCUAUCUUUUGAAAAUUGAAUAAAAUUUGAUUUGUAUUCUAUUAGCGAUUACUUGGGUUAUCUAUUGAAUUAUCCAGUCAAUGGAAUAAUACUUUUAUAUGAAUAAAUCUAGUCAAGUGAACGAGUCGCGAUUGAUUAUGAAUUACAUGUAUUAUUAGCUAUUUUGAAAUAUAAAGCAUAUAAUAAUUAAAAACAUAGAUAUUUAUCACAAUCCGUAGGGCAAGCAUUUAAUUGAUGUCAUUAUUGUUUAAAUUAAUGGAUAUUGUCAAUUGUAUUUAGAAAAAAUACAUUUAAAUAUUGACUACCGACAAAACAGUACUAUUUGUAGCAAACCAAUCAAAUUAAUAUUCUUUUUUUGUAUAAGUAUCUUUGACAUAGCUGCAUUAAACGUUUAAUACAAUCCAUGUUAUUUACAAAUUUUAGUUAUAUAAAGUUUGAUUAAGAAACUAACUUCAAUGUCCUUAGUGAAUGACGAAAGCGACAAGAUCGUGUGACGUGGCGCGACUGUGAAACUGUGAAAAAUUGACUGUGAAACGGAAAAUUAUACAAAGUCAGACAUGCAACCGAUGUGUACGGAUAUGUCGGUUGACCACCCAAUAAUACUGUGUUAUUAUCCUGGGUUUUUUUUUCUUAGCUUCUACAUUCUUAUAUUUGAAACUUUGUAGUAAGUAAUAUAGCUUUUUAGCUUUUUUCUUUAUUUCUUUUUUUUAAUUUUUGAAUGUUAAUUCCAUGGAAUUCUAACAUUUCAUAAACGUUGCUAGCAUUAAAACUGUUUUUUCAACACACAAUAAUGAUCUUUCAUCGGUACUUCCCAAUGGUGCAAUGGAAUUAGAUCAAGUUAACACCGAAAGUUUAUCGUUUCUGAAAUGUCGAAAAAUUACACUUUUCAGAAUUCCGCGGGAUUUAUAUUUUGGGUAUAGUAGCGUUGCAUCGCUCACCUAGGACGGUGUUGUUGCUGUCCGAAGUUUACAGUUAACUCAAUUUAGUAACUAAAGGUAGAACAAGGUAAUCAAAAUACAAUUUAACCAUUAAUACGCGUAACAAUGGCCAGAAGUUCGUUCUGUAAAUAGAUUUAUUACAAGGGUCUUUGUUUAUACUGUUUGAAUAAUUUGUAUGAUAUUAACUGAAAAUUUAUUUAAGAAAAUUACCAAUUUGAGUCUUGCUUUAGUUUUAACUUAAAAUGAUGCGCAUUUGUGAUUAUGUAAUUAUUUGUUUGAAAUGAUCGUAACACAAUCAUAUGAAAUGACCAAAAAUGACUAAGUCAUCGUUUUCUAAGUUGUUUACCUGACACAUAUUUGGUAAACACAUGAAAAACGUUAUGGUAGUUGAAUGUAUUUUAAAUUGUAGUUCUUCUUCCGUGUCAAUGACAACUACUAUUGAAAAACUAUAGAGACACGAUCCUGACGUAAGCAGAAUCGAAACCACAAUGAAAUAUGUAAAAUUUAAUACGAAAAAUGCUAACCAAUGAAUUCAAGCGAGCAAGUUUAUUGAAAAAUAUUUAAUUGAAACUGAUCUUUUUCAUAUAGUUUAUAUGCUCGUAGUCAUAUCAAAAACAUAUCCAAUGUUGUGUAUAGGUUUAUGUUGUGUUAUUAAACUAUCUAAUGAACUAUUCAACGUACAUAGAAAUGUUGUAAAUAAGAUUUUUAA